AUGAAGCUCGUCAGAUUCCUGAUGAAGCUCAACAAUGAGACGGUCACGAUAGAGCUCAAGAAUGGAAGUGUGAUCCAUGGGACAAUAACGUCCGUGGACCCGCAAAUGAACACCCAUUUGAAAUCCGUCAAACUCUCCCUUCGAACCGCCGCACCUGGUACGCCUCCCCUCUCUCUCGACAGCUUAGCCAUACGUGGCAACAAUGUCAGAUACUAUAUCUUACCUGAUUCCUUACCGCUCGAUACUUUAUUGGUGGACGAUGCGCCGAGAGCGAAGAAGAGGAAAGAAGGUGCAGCAGCCGCCGCUGGAGCCAGAGGCGCCAGAGGUGGACGUGGCGGGCCAAGAGGUAGAGGUGGACCGAGGGGCGGACCUAGAGGCGGUGGAAGGGGACGUGGAUUCUAG